UUUAAGGCUUUAUUUAGUGUUUUAAAUAGCACUCAACGCCAAAUCGUUCGAAAAACUAGUGAAUUUUGCCCUUAUUGGCUGAGCGAUAGCGAAGCCCUUGCCGUGUUUGGACGCUCCGAAAAGUGACUUGUCGUGCGUCAGAAGGCUCAAAACACUAAGUUUUCGGGUGCCAUUCCUACUGUGAUACGGCUAGUAUUUUUGGCUGGCAUGUUCAUUUUCUUGAAGACUCAACCUUUUCGAAUAUCAUCUCGCACAAAUCCGAUACAAAAAUAAACUAUGGAAAAAACUAGAUUUUAUGUCGAUUUGGCGAAUGUCAGCCCCAUGAGAACUGUGCGCUGGGAGGCGAAGCUGGGCAUGCGUCCUGUCGAACCAAAAUGCUGGCGCAGCAAAGCGCAGCAAAGCGGAGCAAAGCGGAGCUGGUAACAAGGUUCGCGGAGGGGCGGGCCCCUCCGUGCUCCGGCAACCCGCAGGCUUGUUUUUACUGAACAAAUUGCGCAACCUCUUGUUGCUGUGUGAUAUAGGUCGGCGUUUAAACUCAGAGCAGCUGUGUAUGCAUUGAAACCAACAUUCUACUUGCUUUUAAGGCGCAGCACGUGCAGCCUAAACAUGUGGGUUUGACCACUCAAAGUAACACCAUUUUCUUAGAAAUCAAAUGAGCGUUUCUUUCCAAGAUCUGCCAGUCUUUUCUGAGAGAUAAGAGGACACCACUCCAGGGUGAUUCCGCAUCUCGAAAUGAAUGCGCGCGUACUUCGAUCUCCACGCAGUAAAAGCAUUUCUCGAGGGGGUACAGAGAGCGCAUAUCCCCUCGGCAUUUCUCUUCUCUUGGCGUCUUUUGCCGCAGUCGCGGCCGGGUGUUGCUCAAAGCGCGAGAAUUUAUUUGGAGCCGUCCACGAGCAGCAGCAAGACUACCAGCAGCAGCCGCGAAAGCCAAAGAGAUACGACGCCUAGAAGACGCCCCCGCGAGAAUCAGGAACAAUCCAGUGGUGAACCAGACCCAAAAAGAAGGAAAAAGGUCCUGGGGACGAAAGCACAACCGAAUCCAGUUACAAAACUCAUGAACCAGAACAAACAUAAGGCAACCAAACCACAGAAUCAAGAUGACGUUCCUUUUGAAUUCGACGUGACAGACAAGCACUACCGGGAAACGCUGUUCCUUCCCCAUCAGAUCAGCAAGCAGGGCGACUUUCGGAUGACGGUAGAACAUUCGUGCGUUUAUGGGAAAUGCGGAGCGUGGCAGAACCGGGCCGAUGUCCUUCGUCAUAUACAAGAAUUCCACUAAAAGGAGCUACGGGAGGAGGAUUGCACUAAGGGAAGUGCAGAAGUUAUAGCUCAGCGAAGAUUCGAGAACCUUCACCGGGCCGGUGUUAGGACUGCCACACCUCGACGCCUCCUACGCCACUUCGACUGGGUUAAGGACCUGAU